AUGCCCAACUCGGUCCCCGACCUAGAUGCCGUUGGCAUCAAAGCCGAACCAGACCUAGCCGACCAGUUCCGCCGCGAAGUUGCCGCACUCCUAGGUCGCAACAACCUAAACUUCCCGGGGGCGCAACCAGUCAGCUUUUCAACAAAACAUCUCCUCGAACUACAACGCGAAGACUACUACGUAUGCGAAAAGACAGAUGGGAUCCGAUGUCUGAUGUACUUUGCGCGCGGGGACCCGGACUCCGACACGCCUGAGAUUCACUACCUGAUCGACCGCAAGAAUGACUACCGGUUCGUGCCGGGGCUGCAUUUUCCUAGGCCGGGGGAUAAGAGUUUUCAGUCGUACCAUGUGGAUACGCUUGUGGAUGGGGAGUUGGUGAAUGAUACGUAUGAUGAUGGGACACAGCAGCUCAAGUAUCUAGUGUUUGAUUGUUUGGUGCUAGACGGGCAGGUUUUGAUGCACCGCACGCUGGACAAGCGAUUGGCGUAUUUCAAGGAGAAUGUCCUUAAGCCAUACAGGGCAAUGUACGAAAAGUUCCCGGAAGAGAAACAACACCGCGCUUUCGCCGUCGAGGAUAAGUCCACCCAGGUCAGCUACGGCAUCGAGAUGAUGUUCCGCGAUAUCAUCCCCAGGGUCAAGCGCAUUCAUGGCAACGAUGGGUUAAUCUUCACCUGUCGCAGCACGCCCUACCGCAUUGGCACAGAUGAGCAUAUCCUCAAAUGGAAGCCUCCAGCCGAGAACACAAUCGACUUCCGCAUGCGCCUCGAGUUUCCUCUCCUCGAACCAGACUCGGAUGAUGAGGCGGACGGUAUCACGCAGCCCUACCGCGAUUACGAUGCAAUUCCUAUCUGCCACCUCUUCGUUAUGCACAGUUCGAACGAUUACCGCCCCUUCGGUGAAUUGUACGUCUCGCCGUCCGAGUGGGAGGAUAUGAAGGCCCUGGGGCAGCCGCUUGAUGAUACCAUCGUCGAAUGCGCAAAGGAUGAAGAAGGGCGCUGGCGUUUCCACCGUCUUCGUGAUGAUAAGAUGGAUGCGAAUCACAUCUCUACUGUCCAGAAGGUUCUUGAGAGUAUUGAAGAUCGCGUGACGGAGGAUGACCUCAUUCGUGCUGCGGGUGCUAUCAAGACCGCCUGGAAGAAACGGCAGGCUGCGCAGCAGGCUCCUCCAGAUGUGAGAGGGAGGCCUAUGCCGCCUGUUGCCAAUGGGGUUAAGAGGAAACUGGAGGAAUGA